AAAGGAGCUGGAGGUGAAGAUGGCGGAGACUAGCUUAACCAAGAAGGAGGCUAUGAAAGAGAAUGAAUCUGAGAGUACUUGUCCUGACAUGAAACUUAGAGUUCCUGUGAGCAAAUCAUUUUCAAGCUUCAAUUUCAUGACUAUAAUCAACCUAAGUUAUACCAACCUAGAGAAUGAAGGUGCUAUAGCUCUAGUAAACGCUCUCGAGAACUCUGCUCCAUCUCUUAAAGCUAUAGAAGUGGCUGGAAACAACAUAACCUAUGAGGCGGCUCCAGAUAUCUCAGCUUGUUUGGCAGCAAAGAGGCAUCUCAAAAGGUUGAACCUGUCGAAUAAUGACCUUAAAGAUGAGGGAUGUUUUGAGAUUGCUUAUAUUAUGGAACCUUUGGAGGUGAAAUACGUUGAUAUGAGCAAUAAUAACCUGACCAGAGAAGGAGCAUUGAGCUUGGCUCUUGUUGCUGUCAAGAAAGAAGGUUUCGAGAUGUUGAACAUUGAUGGGAACACGAUUUCAUUUGAAGGCAUAGAGGAAAUUAUGGAGAUAUUCAAGAAUUGUCCUAAGUUGCUUGGACCGUUUGAUGAGAAUGACCCUUAUGAAGGUGAUGAAGAUGAUGUGGAUGAUGAUGAUGAUGAUCAAGAGUGGGAAAGUGAGAGUCUUCAUGAAGAUUUUGAAGAUGAAUUUGUGAGUGUGUUUUACUUUUAUUAGUUUGUAAUGUACUAAAUAGAGAUUUGGGAUUAUGUUAUCUCAAAUUCAAACGCUAAGGUAUAUUACAUUUUAGAAUGGCAUAAGUUACAUUUGCAAGGAGAACAUCUAAACGCUUUCUAAAACACACACACAGACAGGUAGAAUAAGAGACCAAACUCAACUCCGUUCUCAAGUUAUCCUUCUCAGUGUGUUAAAAUCCCAAAAUGGUGCUUUGCGCUGUUCCACUUGUAAUCUUGGUUCUGUGUAGAAGUGUAUGCCCAUUCAGGGACUUCUUGCUCUUGCAUCAGACGUGUUCUGUAACUCUCUUACCUUCGCCUCUCCUCAUCCAUUCUCUCAAACAUCCAAAACUCAUCUUCACUACGUGCGGCAAGCCGGUUUAUCUCUCUCUCAUUAGGGACCUCAUUCUCGAGUGAGCUUGUUCCUUUGCGCAUGGGCUCUUCAAGCAUCUCUCUUCUGUCUUGU